UUCCGCAUCGAGAAGGCCUCGCAGCCCGUGGAAGUGCGGCGGUCGCGGGGCGGAGGAUAGGAGCAAAGGGAGGCCACCCCUGCCCUGAACUCGUAUUAGUAACUGGGGGAAGGAAACGAGUCGGCAGCUGCCGACUUCUCUGGCUAGCGGUCGCUCGGCAGCCUUUUCCGUCCACCGAAGUCCUGUGAGUGGAGAUGGCGGGGAUCAAACCGGCGACCUUCUAUGUGAGAAGCAUCCUGAGAGGCCUCCGCCGAGUUCAACAACUGCCUCUUGACAGAAAUUCCACAUCUAGAUCUCAUCUGAUAAGUGUGCUGGAGAUAAAUAAGGAGUAAAGCAGUUCUGAAAUUGUGGUAUCAAUGUUAGUUAAUAUGGAUGAAUCCAGGCCUUUGGAAGAGGACUCAUCUGUUGUUCAGCUUGACGUAAGAAUACCAGUUUAUGAUACUGUCACUUUCCAGAAGACUGGGCACAAAGCAAGAACACUUAGCCCUGAAGAAGCAGAAAAGUUGGCAAAAGAUCAGGUCUUAGUAUCUGACUUCAAACAACUGAAGCUAGAAAAAGAAGCUCAAAAGAACUGGGAUCUGUUUUACAAAAGGAACCACACCAACUUUUUCAAGGACAGGCACUGGACAACUAGAGAAUUUGAAGAAUUAAAAGCUUGCCGUGAAUUUGAAUACCAGAAAUUAACGAUUCUUGAAGCAGGCUGCGGUGUUGGUAACUGUUUGUUUCCACUUCUAGAAGAGGAUUUGAAUAUCUUUGCUUACGCAUGUGAUUUCUCCCCCCGAGCUGUGGAAUAUGUAAAGCGAAACCCUUUGUAUGAUGCCCAGAGAUGCAAAGCGUUCCAGUGUGACCUUACCAAAGAGGACCUUCUGGAAAAUGUACCACCUGGUUCUGUGGAUGUUGUGUUGUUAAUAUUUGUACUUUCUGCUGUUCAUCCUGAGAAGAUGCACCUUGUCUUAAGCAACAUUUACAAGGUGUUGAAGCCGGGCAAGUGUGUGCUAUUCAGAGACUAUGGCCUCUAUGAUCAUGCAAUGCUGAGGUUUAAGUCUGCAAACAAACUUGGAGAAAACUUCUAUGUUAGACAAGAUGGAACAAGAGCAUACUUUUUCACAGAUGACUUCUUGGCUCGACUCUUCCUGUCUGUGGGGUAUGAGCAAGUGAUCAAUGAAUAUGUGCUGAGAGAAACUGUGAACAAGAAGGAAGGCUUGUGCGUGCCAAGGGUGUUUCUCCAAAGCAAGUUUCGAAAGCCUCCAAGGGAAGCCUGACUUUUCCUUAAAACAAUCCAGCAAAUGUGAACGUUCCCUCUCUUCUGCUGUCAUGACGACUGAGAUGCGAGCAUGAUGAAGUUUUCAGAGACGGCUGCCUGUUGCUUUGUCAGAUGAAUGACCCUUAAAAUAGAGAGACUGAAUAGGCAUCAUGUCUGGGCCAUUGCUGGAGUGUUUGACUUGCACCAUGGAAACCUCCGUUCAAGUCCCACUCAUCUAUGAAGGUCGUUCUGUGGCCUUGGGGCCAGUCAUCUCUCAGACUACUUUAUACAAAAGCCUGCAUGCUGUAUUUUUAAAAUCAAAUCUGUUCCAUAUUUAAUUGCUUCUUUGGGAACAGAAGGAAGAAUUUGUAGGAAGUUCUAAAUGCCUUUAUUGAAAUUUAAUCGUCUGCUGUAACUGGAUCUUGUGAACUAUAGUUAUCCAUGUUUCUAUUUAAAAUGGCUUUGUUUA